AAGAAAUGAAGAAAAGUGAAAGAAGACGUUAUCAACUAUUUGAAGUACCAACUCCAACAAGAAUGAUGGUCUUCAUUAGUGUCGUCCUAGCCUGAGCAAGAAAUUUAUAACAUAGGCCCGGCAUGCUAAAGGUCACCAUCUAAGAUGGCUGCGAAGCUUAUAGGUUCAACUCGUAUAAAAUUUAAAACAGACUUGAGUAAGAGUCUUGCGAGUCUUCUAGAAUGUCCAGUCUGUUUUGACUUCAUGACACCGCCGAUAACUCAAUGCCUCAAUGGACAUAACAUCUGCUCCGUCUGCAAGCCUCAACUAACCCUCUGCCCAACAUGCAGGGAGCCCUUGACCAUCACAUCCAGAAACGUGGCGCUGGAGAACAUAGCCGAGACUUGCUUCACGGACAAUCGCAGUGAUGCAAAGCUGAAGGUACCGUCACCACAACACAGGGUGUACGAGUGUCUGGCAGGAAAGAGUAAGGGCUGCACCUGGAAAGGCCGACGCUCUGACUUAUGGACGCACGUUCAACAAAACCAUGAUCGUCUGGCUAUGCACUGGAGGAAAGAGACACAGGUGUUCCGAGUGUCGAACCACGAUUUUAGGGUCAGCGGUACCAGCACACAACUCAUUUCAGUUUUGGAUCAACUCUUCUGGUACCAGUUUCGACAAGACUCGAGUAAGAACAAGUGGUGGCAAGCUAUUCAGUAUAUUGGUUCCAAAAAGCAAGCCAGCACGUACAGGUACACGCUAGAAUUCGGGCCAGUACCAGGGGAUUCUCUCAAGCGAAGCAUCGUGUAUAGCAGGGUGACACACCCUGACGACGACCACGUCGACAGCAUAUUUAAAUCAUCAGACUGCUUUAACACUGAUCUGAACAGUAUAAAACAUUUCGUUACCAAGAACAAUUCACUACAGUUCAAAGUUAAAAUUGAAAGAACAUAAUUAUACAUGUAGUCUCUAUAAAUAGAUGUCUGCGUUAGUUGUU